AGUAAGUGUUUCAGUUAGUUUUCUGAUUGUUAAUUUAUCUAUAAACAUUUUUAGGUUAGUUAGGUACCUAAUUAUUUUUCAUGACUGAAAUUAGCAUGGUGAAAAUUGGGGAUAGGUUCAGCUCAUUCGCUGACGCAAAGAAAGCGAUUGAGGAACUUGGUGAAAACACGUACACAACAUUUUGGAAACGAGAUGCCCGUACGAUUGCAAGCAGUAAAAUUGUGAGACCAAUAGAAAGCUCUUUGAUUUAUUAUCAACUUCUAUAUGCAUGUAAUCCCGGUGGAAAGAAGUUUAAGGGCAGUGGGAAAAAAAUUCGACAGUCUUGGACAUUUAAAGAAGAUUGCCCAGAACAUGUAAGAUUCAAAGCAUCGUCUGAUGGAAAAGCACUCGAGGCAACAUCGGUUCAAAUGAAGCACAAUCAUGUCACUUCGAAGGUUCUACAUGCACAUAACCUUAGCCAAAGAAAACUUUCCAGUAACAUGAAGGAAAGCGUCAAGGAUUAUUUGAAUAUGAAGGCCAAUAGAAAAAUGAUACAGCAAAAAGUUCAAGAAAGUACUGGUAAAAUUGUUACUUUACAAGAUUUAAGAAAUAUGAAGAUAUCCGAUCAAUCAAGAAAAGAAAACUUAGAUGGCUGCUUAAAUAUACUUAAAGCUAAAUACGGUGCCAAUGUAGCUGUUUUGCGAGACGAAGACCUAACCGACCUAAUUUCAGAGGACUUUUCAUUCAAAGUCCAACCAUGAAAAGUACAAUGAAGGCUUUUCCAGAAUUUCUUGCAGUAGAUGCUACAUAUAAAUUAUGAUGAUGCAGUUGUAUUUGAAAGUAAAAAUCAGUCUUCUGUGGAACACUCUGAGGUUUGUGACGAGACGGACCUUCAA